UUCAAGAAUCUUGGUGUGGAUAUGAAGGAUGUCAAACAAACUUCUCUCUUGAAGGAUAGAAAAAGACAAAUUGAAGGAAAUCCUGAUUUCUCUAAUAAAGAUGUUGGGCAUCUCAAGCACAAAUGAUUACUGAUGUAAUAUCAUCUGGCCAUGUACUUCCAGUAAAUCAAGGGGAAUUAUCACUUGAAGUCACCAAACCAUCCAAUACAGGGGCUCAUCUGCAUAUACAAUCUCAGCUUCCAACACAGAUACCUAACUUUCGGACAGACGUUAUUAUCAAGCAAAAGCUCAGUGUUUUUGGAAUGCAAAUAGCGGUAUCCAUUGCAAUGGACAGAGCUAUCAAAGAGACAGUGUCUAGUAAUGAGCAGAGUAUUGUUUCCUUAUCAACAACAACAACCAAGGAGCUUGUUUUAAAGGAUUAUGCUAUGGAAUCUGACGAGACACGUAUAUUAAAUGUGGCACGCAUGAUGGUCGCUAGUCUGGCUGAGAGUUUGGCUCGUGUUAACUGCAAAGAACCAUUACGAGCUUCAAUAUCUGGUCAUCUGAGGACUUCACUUCAGAACUUAAAUAUUCCUAAUGAAAUUUUGGAACAAGUUGUGCAACUUCUCGUCAAUGAUAAUCUUGAUCAAGGCCUUGCAGUCGUUGUACAGGCUGCUAGUGAUAAGGAAAUAAGCACCAUUGAUGAAGAGAUUCGUCAACAACUUUCGUUGAGAAGGCUUUCAUCAUAGAAUGGUAUAGGAUGUGUGAAUUUCCUUGUGCCAAUGAUAUAACAUCUGCCCACUUCACAUUACAAUUGCAACAGGACGACAUACUUAAUGGGGAUGAUGUUAUGGAUCGAUUUUUCAGACUUUUGAUGGAACUAGUUGUUGUACAUUGCUUAUCCACUGAGGUGAUUAAUUCAGGGCCACUGCAAUCUCAACCGCACUGCAGUCAAUGUCAUUUUUUUCAAUUGAUUGGAUGGUUGUUGGAACAGGGAUCAAUGUAAUGGAAUGCUAUUUCAUUGUAGUCUUGUUAACUAUUUAUGCAUUCUAUUAUCAUGGAAGUACUGAUGUUGCUGGGUUCACAAUGAAUUCCUAUUUGCUGAAU